AUGGCGAGGUACCAAUCAAAGGCAUCUUCAAAAAAAGCAAGUGCAACUUUGGUUAACGGAAAUUAUAAGCUGUGUGGGGGGGUACUUGAAUUGCAAUUGCCAAGAUGCAACUUCAAUGGGUCGAGGAAAAGUAGGCUGACCUUUAUCCUUAGAUUACUAAUUCCUUUAUCUUGUGGGCUUCUAGGACUAAUUUUGGCGAUGUGUUUUCUAUAUCUCUAUUGGUUUAAGAAGUCAAGAAAAGCCAUAUCUUCAGGCUUUCUAGAAAAUUCAUUCUUAAAAGUGUCUUAUCAAAGUCUUCUAAAAGCUACUAAUGGGUUCUCUUCAGAAAAUUUAAUUGGCGUGGAUAGUUUUCGUUCUAUAUAUAAAAGAGUUCUUAAUCAAGAUGGAACAAUUGUUGCUAUAAAGAUACUUAACCUUUUGCGCCAAGGGGCUUCUAAGAGUUUUCUUGCUGAGUGCGAAGCCUUAAGAAACAUCAGGCAUCGAAAUCUUGUGAAGGUGGCCACUGCAUGUUCAGGUGCUGAUUACCAAGGGAAUGAUUUCAAGGCACUGGUUUAUGAGUUCAUGGUCAAUGGGAACUUAGAGGAGUGGUUGCAUCCAAUUCAAGGAGAAUUUGAGCCAAGCAACAUUCUUCUAAACAACGUGAUGACCGCACAUGUUGGUGACUUUGGGUUAGCACGAUUUCUUCUUAAUGCUAGUAUUUGUAACUCUGCACAUCACAUAAGUAGUUCUAUUGGACUACGAGGAUCCACUGGUUAUGUUACGCCAGAGUAUGGCAUGGGAAGUGCACCGUCGACACAUGGGGAUGUAUAUAGCUAUGACAUCGUAUUGUUGGAAAUGUUUCUUGGAAAGAGACUCACUGAUGAGAUAUUUAACGGUAAUUUGAACCUUCAUAACUAUGUGAGGACGAUUACUUUGCUUGAAACAGUGACGAGUGUCGCUGAUCCAAGACUUCUCCAGUCUGAAGAAGUGGGAGAGACGAGCAUAAACCAUUGGCGUUAG